AUGAAUCCAUUUAGAUUGAUAGGUGACUUGUUGCAUAUCACUGCAAUUCUCUUAUUGUUAUUCAAAAUAAAGAAUGAUAGAUCAUGUAAUGGUAUUUCAUUAAAGAGUCAAAUAUUAUAUUCGGUUGUGUUUACAACUAGAUAUCUAGAUCUAUUUGUAUCACACUAUUCUUAUUAUAAUACUAUGAUGAAGAUCAUCUAUCUUUGUGCAUCCUACUACAUCAUUUACUUGAUCACCGUCAAGUUCAAGUUUACCUACGACAAGGAGCAUGAUAACUUUAGAAUUCACUUCCUCAUUAUUCCAUGUGCCAUUCUAUCAUUGUUCUUAUACGAUAGAACUACCAACGAUACUAUUUUAGAGAUAUUAUGGACAUUCUCAAUCUUUUUAGAAUCAGUUGCAAUUUUACCACAACUAUUCUUGUUACAGAGAACAGGUGAAGUAGAAUCAUUGACAUCGAACUAUAUCAUUUGUCUUGGUGGAUAUCGUGCAUUUUACUUUUUGAAUUGGAUUUACAGAAUUUUCACUGAGGAUUUCUCUGGUAUGUUGGUCAUGUUUGCUGGUGUUAUCCAAACUAUUCUCUACUGCGACUUUUUCUAUUAUUACUUUAAGAGUAAAUGGUUAGGAAAUAAAUUAGUUUUGCCACAAUAA